AUGGCGUAUUGGGGCAUGGCGUAUGGGGGCAUGGCGUAUGGGGGCAUGGCGUAUGGGGGCAUGGCGUAUGGGGGCAUGGCCCAUGGGGGCAUGGCGUAUGGGGGCAUGGCGUAUGGGGGGAUGGCGUAUGAGGGCAUGGCGUAUGGGGGCAUGGCGUAUGGGGGCAUGGCGUAUGGGGCCAUGGCCUAUGGGGGCAUGGCCUAUAGGGGCAUGGCCUAUAGGGGCAUGGCCUAUAGGGGCAUGGCCUAUAGGGGCAUGGCCUAUAGGGGCAUGGCCUAUGGGGCCAUGGCCUAUGGGGGCAUGGCCUAUAGGGGCAUGGCCUAUAGGGGCAUGGCCCAUGGGGGCAUGGCGUAUGGGGGCAUGGCGUAUGGGGGCAUGGCGUAUGGGGGCAUGGCGUAUGGGGGCAUGGCGUAUGGGGGCAUGGCGUAUGGGGGCAUGGCGUAUGGGGGCAUGGCCCAUGGGGGCAUGGCGUAUGGGGGCAUGGCGUAUGGGGGGAUGGCGUAUGAGGGCAUGGCCUAUAGGGGCAUGGCCUAUGGGGCCAUGGCCUAUGGGGGCAUGGCCUAUAGGGGCAUGGCCUAUAGGGGCAUGGCCCAUGGGGGCAUGGCGUAUGGGGGCAUGGCGUAUGGGGGCAUGGCGUAUGGGGGCAUGGCGUAUGGGGGCAUGGCGUAUGGGGGCAUGGCGUAUGGGGGCAUGGCGUGGGCAGCACUGGGUGCUGGCGCUGGCUGGACGGCGAGCACGGGGAGCGCGGGGUUAGAGGCCAUGAGCCGAGGGUGCACACAGGCACACUUUGUCGAGAUGGACCCGUGGGUCGUAUCCUCGGUGCUCGCCCCUAACAUUGAAGCCUGCUCCGCCUCCUCCCACACCACCAUCCACCCGCUCAAAGUCGAGUCAUUUCUCCAGCAAGCGGAGCAAAGAGGAGGUACGAGGAGGUACGGGGAGGUGCAAGGAGGUAUGGGGCCACUUUUCCUCCUCAUCUGA